GUGGGCGGACAACUUGGUGGCCCAAGGAUGUGGAGGGAGCAAAGAGCACAGCUUCCAGCAUCCCUUCCUCCAGGCAGUGGGCAUGUUCCUGGGGGAGUUGUCCUGCCUGGCUGUCUUCUACCUACUCCAAUGCAGAGCUGCGGGGCACCCAGACGCCACUAUGACUCUCCAGCAGCCCUUCAACCCCCUUCUUUUCCUGCCCCCGGCCCUCUGUGACAUGACCGGGACCAGCAUCAUGUAUGUGGCCCUGACCAUGACCAGCGCCUCUAGCUUCCAGAUGCUUCGGGGAGCAGUGAUCAUAUUCACAGGCCUCUUCUCGGUGGCCUUCUUGGGGCGGAGGCUGGUGCUGAGCCAGUGGCUGGGCAUCCUCGCCACCAUUGCGGGGCUGGUGGUCGUGGGCCUGGCGGACCUCCUGAGCAAGCACGACGACCAGCACAAGCUCAGCGAAGUGAUCACAGGGGACCUGCUGAUCAUCAUGGCCCAGAUUAUCGUCUCCAUCCAGAUGGUACUAGAGGAGAAGUUCGUCUACAAGCACAACGUGCACCCGCUGCGGGCUGUUGGCACUGAGGGCCUCUUCGGCUUCGUGAUCCUCUCCCUGCUGCUGGUGCCCAUGUACUAUAUCCCGGCCAGCUCCUUCAGCGGCAACCCCCGUGGGACCCUGGAGGACGCACUGGAUGCCUUCUGCCAGAUCGGCCGGCAGCCACUCAUCGCCGUGGCACUGCUGGGCAACAUCAGCAGCAUUGCCUUCUUCAACUUUGCGGGCAUCAGCGUCACCAAGGAACUGAGCGCCACCACCCGCAUGGUGCUGGACAGCCUGCGUACCAUCGUCAUCUGGGCCCUGAGUCUGGCGCUGCGCUGGGAGGCCUUCCACCCCCUGCAGAUCCUCGGCUUCCUUGUUCUCCUGACAGGCACUGCCCUCUACAACGGACUGCACCGCCCACUGCUGGCCUGCCUGUCCAGGAGCCGGUCCCCAGCAGAGGAGGGUGAGCAUGAGAGACUGCUGGGGGGCUCACGGACUCCCAUCAACGAAACCAGCUGAAACUCCUAUGGGACCUUGGCUGCCUCCUGGAUGCUCCUUGUUCGCCCUGGGGCCACACAGGCUGGUGAGCCUUGAGGCCUCACCUCUCCCCCUCCCCACAGACACCCCCCAGGGCAGCUGCUGACAGACGAUAACAGGACACCCAGGUCCUCCUUUGUCACCACCCCCUACGAGGAGGUAUUACUCAGCCCUCCACAGACCUGAGUGCAGUGACUGACCCCACCAAGCACCCCCCUAGCCCUCCGAGCCCCUCCUGCAGCAGUAGAGCUAAAUCAUGAAGUGGAACUGCAGGAAUGAAGAACCGUAGGGGUUCCUCCUGGUCAUAAGCUAGAUCUGGUUCUCCAAAGGAAGAAGUCAGUGAGCAAAGCCAAGCUAAAAUUAGGCACCAUGUGUUCUAAACCUGUGGUGUAGUCCCUGGGCCUGCUGAUGACCCAGGUUUUAGCUGCAAACUCCACUGGCACUUCCUGGCCCCUUCCCCGGUUGCUCUGGGCCUUGGCACCUUCUCUGACACUGGUUUCAGUGCCUC